AUGGCAACCAAGCCAACAGAGCCCGUCACAAUCCUCAGCCUUCGGAAGUUGAGCCUGGGGACCGCAGAGCCACAGGUUAAAGAGCCAAAGACGUUCACCGUGGAAGACGCAGUGGAGACCAUCGGCUUCGGGCGUUUCCACAUUGCCCUCUUUCUGAUCAUGGGCAGUACUGGGGUGGUUGAGGCCAUGGAGAUCAUGUUGAUAGCUGUUGUGUCUCCUGUCAUCCGCUGUGAAUGGCAACUGGAGAAUUGGCAGGUGGCAUUAGUAACCAUGAUGGUGUUUUUUGGCUACAUGGUUUUCAGUAUCCUCUUUGGCCUCCUGGCUGACAGAUAUGGCCGCUGGAAGAUUCUGCUCAUCUCGUUCCUGUGGGGAGCCUAUUUCUCCUUGCUGACCUCGUUUGCUCCUUCGUACAUCUGGUUUGUCUUCCUGCGGACGAUGGUGGGCUGUGGUGUGUCCGGCCACUCACAAGGGUUAAUCAUAAAGACUGAAUUUUUGCCCACGAAAUACCGAGGCUAUAUGUUACCCUUGUCUCAGGUGUUCUGGCUUGCGGGCUCCCUGCUCAUCAUCGGCCUGGCUUCUGUGAUCAUCCCCACCAUCGGGUGGCGCUGGCUCAUUCGCGCCGUCUCCGUCCCGGGCAUCAUCCUCAUCGUGGCCUUCAAGUUUAUUCCUGAAUCUGCCCGGUUCAAUGUCUCCACUGGGAACACUCAGGCUGCCCUGGCCACUCUGGAGCGCAUUGCCAAGAUGAACCGCUCGGUCAUGCCGGAGGGGAAGCUGGUGGAGCCCGUCCUGAAAAAAAGAGGAAGAUUUGCAGACCUAUUGGAUGCUAAAUAUUUACGGACCACGUUACAGAUCUGGGUCAUAUGGCUUGGAAUCUCUUUUGCAUACUAUGGGGUUAUCCUGGCCAGUGCUGAGCUGCUGGAGCGGGACUUGGUCUGUGGUUCGAAGUCUGACUCCGAGGUGGUGGUGACGGGGGGAGACUCAGGGGAGAGCCAGAGCCCCUGCUACUGCCACAUGUUUGCACCCUCUGACUAUCAGACCAUGAUCAUCAGCACCAUUGGUGAAAUUGCUCUGAAUCCUUUAAAUAUACUGGGCAUCAAUUUCCUGGGAAGACGGCUGAGCCUUUCCAUUACCAUGGGAUGCACGGCUUUAUUCUUCCUUCUCCUCAACAUUUGCACUUCAAGUGCCGGCCUGAUUGGCUUCCUCUUCAUGCUGAGGGCUCUGGUAGCUGCAAACUUCAGCACCAUCUACAUUUACACAGCUGAGGUCUACCCCACCACGAUGCGCGCUUUGGGGAUGGGAACCAGCGGCUCCCUGUGUCGCAUUGGUGCAAUGGUGGCGCCAUUUAUAUCCCAGGUUCUUAUGAGUGCAUCAAUACUGGGGGCCCUGUGUCUCUUCUCAUCUCUGUGUGUUGUAUGCGCCAUUUCUGCAUUUACUCUCCCCAUUGAAACCAAAGGACGGGCCCUCCAGCAAAUUAAAUGAAGACCUGCAAAGCUAUGUCUACCAGAUGAGAAAAAUGCAUUCUAUCUUCAGAACUGCAGUGC